AUGGAAGCCCUCCCACAGCUGCCUGCUCCUCAUGGACAGCUCGCUCGUUACAUCGCCGACAACACAGACAAAUCCAUGAUUGACAUCAUGGAGCCCUAUCGCAAGUACGAAGCAGCACUCCGAGGCGUUUUUGCGCAGGAUCGCCAGAAUCCUGCUCUCAAUGACCCGCACAUCAAUGUUCUACCCCUCUUCACCGAGGAUACCAGCCGCAUCACCACCCGGGCUCGAGACCUUGCGUCCGAAUCCGACGAGGAAAAGUCCAAGUACAUCAUGGCACUUCCGGACGAGCAGCGUCGGGUGCAUGGUUCUCCGGCCACCGUCGGCAGCAUUGAUGCGUUCAAAAAAAACUUCAAUCUCUUCUCUGAGUCUUCUCUGUCAGAACUUGACUGGAGCAAUGUUGUCGCUGCUGGUUCUUCUGUCGUCAAUUGUCUCUUGCCUGUUCCCGAGGCCUUCAAUGUGAACAAGCGCAAGCUCCGCGAGUACUAUCACGAAAAGUUUUGCCCCGCGUCGGACGUUGACUUGUUUCUCUACGGACUUACUCACGAUGAGGCUGUUGAGAAAAUUCACACGAUUGAGCAAGCCAUCCGUGAUGCUAUUCUGAGCGAGGUCACCGUGGUGCGUACAAAGUACGCCAUCACGAUUGCAAGCCAAUACCCCGUCCGCCAUGUUCAGAUUGUUCUGCGUGUUUACAAGUCCGUUAGCGAGAUCCUCACUGGUUUCGACAUUGAUGCGGCAGGAGGAGCGUAUGAUGGCAAGCAGGUGUACGUGACACCCCGUGCGCUCGGAAGCUUCAUCACUCAGGUGAAUCAUGUCGAUCUAAGCCGCCGGAGUCCGUCAUAUGAGAAUCGUCUUUCCAAAUACUCUCAUCGAAGCUUUGAGGUGUAUUGGGCUGAUUUGGACCGCAAGCGAGUCGACCCAACUAUUUUCGAAAGAAGCUUCCAGCGAACCCUUGGCCUGGCACGCCUUCUCGUUCUUGAGCGGCUACCUACCAGCUCAGCGAGAGAGACGUACCAGAACAAGAGACGCCAGGAAAGAGGCAGGCCUCAGAUUCAACGUCAAACCUUUCGUUUGUUCGGUAAUAUCAAGGGCAACCACGAGGAUGAAAUCGCUGAUUGGCUUUCCGAGGAGGAUGUCAGCAGCUACCAUACCUUCACGGUGCCGUACGGAGAAAAGUUCCACGCCAAGCGCAUUGAAAAGCUUUGCUAUACCAGAGACUUGCUGUUGAAUGCAGAGUGGAAUCAACCCAAGGAUCGCAAGGUCUACUUGCAUCGGCACCCUGCAUUUUUUGGUCGAGUCGAGGAUGUGAUUGAAGAUUGCUGCGGCAGCUGUCCGGUCCCUGUCACGCAAGAGGAAACCGAAGUUGCUGAGAAGGAAGCAGAGAUAUACAUCUCGGGCAAGGUAUCGUUCAUGAUUGAUGAUCCCGGCAGACAGCAGAUUGGCUCUUUCAAUCCUCUCACAGAGCAGGAUUGGACUGAUAUGGCCUACGUCGGCAACACCGCUCGACUAUGCCAGUCCAUUGUCGACGGCGAUCUAGAGGAUGUCAUGAACUGGUUGUCUCAGGAAGGUGCGGAUCCGAAUCAGCGAGACUACACAGGCAGAUCGCCUCUUCAACUGGCUGUCAGCUCAUCUACUGCCGAAAUUGUAAAGUGUCUAGUCGAUCAUGGAGCCCGCUUGACAGCGCGCCUUGUGGAUGGAAAGACGGCUCUUCACCUCGCUGCCGCCCGCGGAAAUGCCGAAAUUGUCAAGAUUUUGAUGGAGAAGAGCAUCAGCAAUGAGGAAGAGGAGAAUGACAAACAUGACCGAAAACGACGAGCUGAAAAGUCGGAAUCGCACGAAACAAAAGAAUCCACCAAGGAAUCGCGCGACAGCGACGAGGAAUCCGAAAGCGAAGAUGAAGACUCGGACGGGGAGCUCGUAGAAGCUACCACGACGGCAGACGUGGUCUCUGUGAUUACAGGUUCCUUUGUCAAGGUCAAAGAUGCUUCAAAGGGCGAUGAGGAUCGUCUUCCAGAGGAGUCCGAGGAUGAACCAGAUUACUACCAGAUUGACGUUUUGGGGUGGGACAUUCCGUGCUCUCCUCUACAUCUGGCUAUCGCAGAGGGUCACGAGCAUAUUGUCCAGCUUCUUUGCGACUACGGCGCCGAUGCCAUUCUCCCUGUCAAAUUCUUGAACUACGAAAAUGCAGCUAUUCUCACCCUUGUACUCGCCUUGUCCCUGCCGCCUGCAAAGGCAAAGUCCAUGGCGGAGCUACUUCUGAGACUUGGUGCCAUGUGUUCCCAGGCGGAGGGCAAUGGACGCACCGCUUUCCACCAAUAUCUGAAGAGUGGAAAGUCUGAAAUGGUGGACUUGCUUCUAACCAAUGACAAGGCUGCCGCCAAGGCCGCAGUCAAUCAUCUCCUAAUGGCAGGUUAUUCUUGGAAUAUGACUGUGGAGGCGCCGCUUCAGAUCGCCAUUGAGAAUGGUGACAGCGUCAUGGCCAUCAAGCUCCUUGAUAUCGGCGCGAGGCCUGAGAUCGAUUUCGACACCUGGUUGAAGGCUUCCCAUUUCGCCACCGACGUCAAUGUUUCCUCCAACAAUCUGGAAGAUAACAAAAAAAUGUUCAAGAGGAACGUUGAGCAGCCUUUGCUCUGUGCAGUCCGAGCAGCAAGCGCCGAUGUCGCUCUUCGACUUAUUGAAGGGGGAGCAAGUGUCAAUUGCCUGACACCCACCUCGGAGCAGCUGCUCCAGAAUACUUACAUGAGAUCCCACAACAAGGGGGAGUCAAUUCUUGAUGUGCUUCAGCAUAUCAUCAAGAAAUUGAGUGAGCCCGAGGACAAGAUCUCGUAUCUGAACAAGCCCAAAUUGCUGCCUGGCAUGGACGAGUACUUGGCCAAGCUCACGCCUGGUUCGUAUCUUCAUACACUCGUGUCACACGACAUCAAGAACAAGAAGCGGGACUUUGAGGCAAGUCUCAAAUCUUACGAGGAGCAGUCCAAGAAGAUGGACGCCAGGGGUGGUGCCAAAGAGAAACAGGAGGCCAUUGAUUCAGCAAUUGCCGAGUUGAAAACGAUUGAAAGGGCAAUGAUUGCUGCCGGUGCAAAGACAUUCACUGAGUUGUAUCCCGACGUUGAGACGGCCAAGGAACACAAAAGCAAUCAGUACUAUGGAGCUGAGAAAGAAAAAGAAGCCGUCUACGAUUUUGACCUUUGGUUUCACAACGACCGCAAUAUGACAGACGGCCGCCGACAAGGAUAUAUUGAGCUAAUGGAGGCAGCAUGGCAAGGCGACAUCAGCAAGAUUAAAUCGUUCACGCUUCAGCCUUGGGGCCCCAAUCAAGAUCAGCCUCCUCUCAUGGCUGAUAUUCGCGAUAACCACAACCAUACGCCAUUUUCAUUUGCCUUUUUGAGAGGUCACUAUGGCGCUGCAAAGACGGUCCUCGACGUGAUGCAAGCGCAGUGGACUCCGCCGGAGAAAGACGAAGUCCGGUACAAGAUGGAUGGCGAUGAUGGUGACGGCGACGAGUACAGCGAUGAUAGGGACUGUUACUCGGAUGAUGACGACUCGGAGAAUCAUGUUCGGGUAGUUUCGGAAAAGGUGGACAAGAAGUACACGAUCGACAACAUCGGCGAGGUUUCUAUGCAGGUAAAGUCACACACUAAGCCUGCUGAGCGGCUCAUGGCCGGUUUCCGGGUCUUCACACUCGAUAACGGCGAGCUUGUCGAUGGCGAAGUCUACGGUACACUUUUCGCGCAUGUUAUCAAGAACGAUGACAUGACUGGCCUGAAGGAGCUGCUGGACAUGGCCCAGCACUUCUCUGAACCUCCCAAGGCGGGCGACGAGGAGAACAAGUCAACCUUUACCUUUAAAGACACCGACUUCAUCUUGGCUGUCAAGUCUGGAAACACGCAGGCGCUUCGCCAGAUCAUCAAAAAGACGGGUGCUGGAGUGCCACUGGACAGUCUUGUCAAAAAGAGCGGUGUCGAGCUAAAGCAGAAGUCUCGAUACUACGAGGGCCUGACUGUCUAUGGCAAAAAGAGAAAUGACUGGGCAACCGCCGGGCGCAACAUGGUGAUCCGAACCUCUGGCGUUCAGACACCGCCGCUCUUACACGCUGCGCUAGGCGGCCGGCUCGAAUGCGUCGAGUUUUUCCUCAGCGACGUUCCGCAUCGACUGUAUAGCGAGUUCUCAAAGACCAAGCAAGCACAGGAGGACUCGCGCCUGAAGCAUCUCAUGGAUGCUCCUGGCGGGUUCAACCGAGCAAUCUCCAAGUGGCUCGGGGCAGACAAUCCGGGCCCGGAAGCCAACGAACUUGUAGAGUAUUUGGUCGAGAACUCUCCCGUUUCUCUGGAAAAGAAGGCUGCCGGCGGAUGCACUCCGCUGAUGAUUGCCUGCCAGCUUGGGCGCAUCGGCUUCGUCAAAAUCUUGAUCGCCGCCGGCGCAGACCAGUCUACAAGAAACGACAAGGGCGAGAACAUUAUCCAUGCAGUAAUCAAGCCCGACAGCCCAGUCUGUCGCGCCCGAACCCUGCUCAACCUGUUGGACUCUGAUCUGCGCAAGCAUCUGUUCCAGCAGCGCCAAGCGCUCAAGGAGAACGGCACGUCCCCGCUGCACUCGUGGAUCCUGGGCUACAGCAGCCGCGACUACAACUCUGCUUCGACCAAGAAGGUGGUGGCCAUGCUCCGGCUCAUCCUCGAGUACUCCAACGGCGAGGAGCUCGACAUGCUCAACGGCGCCGGCGACACCUGCCUGCACAGUGCCAUCUCGCAGGGCCAGCUGGCCGUGAUCCGCUGCCUCGUCGAUUUCCGGCCGCAGCUGCUGUACCGCGAAAACGCCGUGGGCCGGACGCCGGCGGAGCUCGCCAACGACCAGCUGGCGGCGCGCGUCUUCCGCACCGCGCGCGACAGCAACCGGCGCGCAUACCGCAACGACGGCGCCAGCAGCAGCGCCCUGGCGCUCAAGCAGCGCGACCAGGGCGAGUUCCUGCUCGACAGGGUGGCGCAGGACGAGCUGCUCCAGAAGCAGGCCGACGCCAUGCACGCGGCGUCGGGCCUGGCCGAGGCGUACACGCCGCACCAGCUCGCGCGCAUCCUCGGCGCCAUGGGCCUCGACAACCCCAAGGACUGGGACCGCAACGACCUGCAGGCGUCGGACCAUCUCGCUGACCGCGUGGUCUGGGACCUCUGCGCCGGUGCCAUGCGCCGCCACGCGGGCAAGCGCCGCCUCGUGAGCCUCAACGAGGCCAACGACGUCGCGCGCCGCCUCGGCGAGAGCGACGUCACGUCCCGCUACUUUAGCGUCAACAGCCGCCACGCCGCCGACGACGACGACGCGGGGCAGGACGGGGACAAGGAGGAGGAUGAGGCCAAGAAACUGUCCGACUUUGUGCGCGAGUCGCUGCAGUGCGCCAGCCGGUGGCUCGUCCGGGCGGUGGAUGAAAAGGCGGAGAAGGGCAUCGCCAAGUGUGCGCAGUGCGACCAGCACCACACCGAGGAAGAGUAG